UGUCAUUCGCAUGUCCGCGAGAGCCGACCAUGCUGACAGGUUCUGCUGCAUACAACAACAACACCAACAACAAGACGACCAAAACACUUCGCUUACUUUUCAUUUGCUCGACCAACGUGGUGAGGAAACAUUCCCUGUGCACCAUUGUUUUGGUAAAGAAAACACUAGUGAAAGAGGCGUUGUGAAUCAUCUGAUCAAGCGAUAAAGAGCGACUGGAUAAGGCACGAUGGUGAAAAGCCCGGUUGUUACGGGCAUUUCGCCCAAGGAAGGUCCACCCGGCACGCGGGUAACGAUACGUGGCGAAUUUCUCGGCAACAAGGCAACGGAUCUGAUCGGUCUGACCAUCUGCGGUUGCGAUUGUCUGCUGUCGGCGGAAUGGAAAUCGGACAAAAAGAUCAUUGCCCGCACGGGAGCGGCCAAGGGCAAGGGCGACAUCAUCGUGACGACACGCGGCGGCGGCACGGGCACGUGCACGGUGCAGUUCCGCGCGUACUACGAAACGAUCGGCCCGAUGAAGGAGUCGGCCGUGUGGAUCGAGGAAUCGCCGAUGCAAUCGCUCGCCUGGGGCCGACGGUCCCUCGCACCCACCGGCUACACGCAGGAAGAUCCGCUCGGCCUGUCGAACGAGGGCAAUGAGAAAAAGUUCCCGGAAGAUCUGCGCGACCUGUUCCCGGACGGGUCGGGCGAUCUGUCGCAGGAAAACUUUACGCCCGGCUGGUUUCUGCUCGAGAACCACCAUGCCACCUCGUUCGAGGACCUGAAGGCGGGUCUGUCCUACCUGCGCCGGCGGGUGGAAAGCCAGAAGGAGGGCCAGCUGUCGUUCCUGAAGUCAAAUGCCGGCUCGGUGAUCGACCAGCUCGACACGCUGAUGACGUUGCGCGAUCGCAUCACGCAGGACAACAAGGUGCACGGGAAGGAGCCGGUGCGGCAGCUGGACGUGACGAUCCGCGGCUCGAUCGACGCUUCGCACGAGCUGUUCAAGGACGUGCUGGUGCGGAAGGAGAAGGCUGACGCGACCCGGGCCGCCCUGUCGGCCAUGUCGCGGCACAAGUUUCUGUUCUGUCUGCCCAACACGGUGGAAAAGGCGGCCGUCAAGAACGAGUUCGACAUCGUGGUGAAUGAUUACGCGCGGGUGAAGAACCUGUUUGGCAAAACGGAGGUGCCGAUCUUUCGCAAGGUGCUGGAGGAGGUGGACAUUAAAAUACUUGCCAUCCGGCAGCAGCUGCACGGCAAAAUAAGGGAGAUGCCGCAAGGCGUGGAGCAGCAGAAGAAGAUGAUAAAGGCACUGAUCAGUCUGGAAGCGCAGCAAGCGGGCACGAGCGUUGCGGGGAAGUUGAAGAUCGAUGACCCGGCCUGGGACGCGAUCGAGGCACGCGCCAAACACCUGGAGGAAACGUUCCUCAAGGCGUACGAACAGUACUCGGGGAAGGAAUCGCACGGCAGUGAGUCGAAAUCGCGCACCGACCCGGCCGUAACGCCUGUGCGCGUACAGUUCUGCGAGGAAAUGACCGAAAUAGCGGCCAGCCAAUUCCCGGACUUGUGGCGGCUGGGACAGGCCCACUUCAAUGGCGAACUGCGCGGGGCCAGUCCACCAAAGCCGGGCAACUUUAAGCGCAUUAUUCUGACAGCGAUUGAACAGUUCUGUUCCUAUCUCCGGUCGGCUCUGCUGGCCACCUCCAGCGCACACCGAUCACUCGUUGCGGCUGUGAGCGCGGUAAAGGGAUUGCCCGCUUGGCCCUCGUCCAGCCCUUCGCUAAACUUUCUCAUCACCUGGCUGCCACACUGUCUGCGGUAUGUGCGCGUCUCGUACGCCACGCUGAUCCGGCUCGAUCUCCCGAACGAAGCGCUCGACAUUGUGCUAAAGUUUAUCGACGAGCUGCGCCUUUACUGCAUGUCCACCAUCCUGAAGAAGGCAAACGAGCGGGUAAAGAAGCUGCACGAGAAGGAGCAGUGGGAGCUGUCGGUGACGGAGUUUGCCGGGGCGACCAGUUUGCCUGCCAAGCUGCAGGAGAUUCUCGUGGAAGCGAUCGAUGACGCGCAGGUCGCCUGCCUAACGCCCGAAGUGCGCGAAGGACCAUUGCUCGAGCCGCAGUCCGAUGGGCAGCGGGAGCUAUCGAAACGGUUCCAGGAGAUACUCACCUCGUUCUGUACCGUGAUCGAAACGCUUGCCUUGCAACGGUCGGACGAGGAUCCGCAGCAGGCGCCGAUGCUGUCGCAGCUCAUUGGCUUUCCGGCCGCGUUGCUGCAGCAACAGAUGAGCACGGGCGAUAAGCGAGAGUGGGCCAAUCCGGCCAUCACCUGGGAGCAGCGGCUGCUGUGCUGCCUGUCGAACUGCAUCUACUGCAAUCGCAUCUUCUUCCCGAAGCUGGGCAGCCUUUUCACGCGCCACAGCUUCCCGGUACCGACGCUGGCGAUUGAAAAUUCACGCUCCACUAUUAACGGGCUGUUUGCCAGCCUGCUGGAGAUGUACGUCGAGCACAAGAGCGAUCCGCUGGUGGGCACGAUCGAGCCGUCGAUGUAUCUGGGACGGUUCCAGUGGGAUCAGGUCGGCCCGUCCGAGAAGCUUAGCCCGUACGCGCACGAAUGUCUCGACAAUCUGGUGUCGGUGUACUCGGAGAUCUUUGCCAUCUCGCCGUCGCUGUUGCGGCCCAUCCUGGAACCGAUCGUGCAGACCGUGGCGGAGGAGCUGGCCCGCUUGAUGACCUGCGUGCAGAAGUUUAACGUCAACGGGGCGUUACAGGCGACGGUGGAUAUUAACGUGAUUCGCGAUGCGGUGCGCGUGUACAGCAACGAAACGGCAAAGAGUUUCUUUGUGGAGGCGCUCGAUGCAAUUCCAUCCGUUCCGGAAAGCGAGCAGAGAACGCUCGAAACGGUUAAGACGAUCAAAAACAACAUCCGCCUGCAGAUCAUGUGCCUGCAGGUGGUGGAUCCCUGAUUGGACGCGUUCAUAUGGAUAUCUUGUCGAACGAAAAAGAAAUCCAUAUCGACGGAUGGUCCGGAAGGACCGAAGAAACAAACGCCGCUUCUGUAGAACGUAGGAUGACCCCGAGCAGAUCAAAGUUAUAGGAACGUAUUAUUCUAAAGCUGAUAUUUAAACACACUUACCAAAUACGCUUUAUUUAAUAAAAAGCCGAAUGAACUAAUA